UAAUAUACCUUGUCUUUGGUUUAUUGCUAGUAGUAGUUAGAUCUAUUCUAUAGAGGCGUAUAGAUUACUAGAUCUAUACUAUAGAUUAUAGAUUUACUCUUUAGAUCUAGAUCUAUAGAUUCUAGAUCUAAUUUUAUGUCUAGUAGAUAGUAGACCUCAAUUAGGCUCAAUCAAUCACUGUAACUUAAUUCACAUUACUUCAUUACUAAUCUAGUCUACUAGAUCUAGAUCUAGUACUACUAGUAGUAGUAACGUACACGUCGUCAUGGCGUUUCUUCAUUCUUGAAGUUUUGAGUUUGACAAUGAUAUGUCAAUGUGACAUGGCUGGUUGACGACGUCAUUAGUUUAUAGGUCUAGUGAUAAAAAGCCCACCUUCAUGUGCAUUGAAUGUUUAUAUUGAAUGAGAUCUCCUUGUGGUUAGAAAUCAGUUUUUGUGGUUCCAUGGGUGCUUUCACAAAACUUGGACUUGCAGGUGCUGUUGCUGUUGUUGGUGUAGGAAUUUUGUGCAAUCUUCCAGUCAACCCGUUUGUUAAAAGGCCAGAGAAGGCGACCCUGGAUUAUUUAGCACAAACAAAACUUAGAACUUUUGGUAGUGAUCUUAAAGAAAUAAUGGCUUCCCAGUUGUGGCAGAAAAAUGGUGCUGUGAUCAUGGCAGUCAGAAGACCUGGAUGAUUAUUGUGCAGGGAGGAAGCUCAAGAGCUGUCCUCUCUGAAGCCUCAGCUUGAUGACCAUGGUGUACCUCUGUAUGCAGUUGUACAUGAGGACCUGGGGGUAGCUGAAUUCCAGCCUUUUUUUAAAGGAGAGAUUUUCUUAGACAAAGAACGUCGAUUCUAUGGGCCAGUAGAACGAACCAUGCUAUUUUCUGGCUUGCUUAGACUGAGUGUGAUUAAAAAAAUUUUGGAUACCAGAAAAAAAGGAGUUGAUGGUAAUAUGAAAGGUGAAGGCCGCAUACUUGGAGGAGUAUUUGUCAUUGGGUCAGGUGAUCAGGGUAUUUUAUAUGAGCACAGAGAACAAGAAUUCGGCGACUAUGCUAAUACAACAGAAGUUUUAAACGCAGCUCUAAAGAUUGAAACUAGCAAAAUAGAUAGUAAAUUGUAGAGAAAAUCCUUUAUCUAACAUUUUUAUUUUGUUUAGUUUUAAUUAGACAUGUUUUUAAAAUGGAAUGGAACAAUACAUACAAUACAAAUGGCUACAAUCUAUACUUAUUUUUUUGUAGCAAUCAGGGAUGUUAAAAUUCCUCUAUACCUCUCCUGACUUCCCCAAUAAAAGUUGCUAGUUUUUUUUUGUUUUUUUUUAAAUAUCCACUUAGAAAUAAGAUAUUUUCUAAGUAGAGUUAAAUCAAAUGUUGACUAAGUAAAUAUUUCCAAAUUGUGUUGGACCUAUUAAAUUUGCUUGACUUCUUAAUAUGCUAUUUAUACUUUAAAACGACAUGUAAAGGGUACUUAUAUAUAGACAUAUAUUUUAUUUUCUUCAAUGUUUAAUAAUAGUUUUUUUUUACUAGUCAGAGGCUUUCGAUUAAGCAUUAAUUUUAAAACAGAUCUGUUUAUUUUUCAAAAGUGGAUGAUAUUUUGUUUAUUAAACUUAAUUGUAAAGCUUAUUAAAAUUUAAUUCAGAUCCGAAAAUAACAAAAGGAGAAAGCAUUCCUCAACUACACACUUCGCCACAUUUUUCAUGUUGCUAUUUUAAGCCUGAGAAUGACAGUUGCUGUUGUGCAAAUCAAUUGGAUUGUCUUGCUUUAUAAUAAUGUUUUUUUUUUCAUUUGUCUGAAAUUAUGAUCUAGUUGAAUAGGAAAUUUUUUUUUUCACUUCUAUUUCUUCUAGCCAGACAGAGUGUUGGUUAUGUUGGGCUGUAAUGGUAAUAUGGUCUGACUAAGGUGGAUUAAAAUGGGGCAUUCAAAGAGAAAAUGAUUAACAGUUUUAUAAGGGUGGAUGCAGUGUCUACAGAGGGAUGGUUGAGUGGCAUUAGUGCUGUUAAGGUGAUAAUUUAAAGGUGUGUGUCCUGUUCUUAGUUGGAAGAUUGUAGAUUGCUCUUUGCAAGGGAGUAAAUUGAUAAUGUCCAUAAUUUUGUAAUUGUGUUGGAAAAUCAAGGCAGGAGUUUGAUUCAGUGACUUUAAUUAUUGUUCAAUCCUUCUUUCAACUUAAGCAGAUUUUUAUGCUAUUUUAAUGUUCAUCUUGUCAAAAUGUACAACAAUGAAUGCUUUUACACUGCUUUUGUUGUACUAUUUCAUUUUUCACAUUCAUCUUUUUUGUCACAUUUUUAUCAAUUGUCAUAUGAAUAAAACAGACUGAAGUAUAUAAUGCAUUGAACCCAUAAAAGAAAAUUAAGUAAUAUUAUUUCUAUUUGCUUACACUGCAUCAGUACAUUAUGAUGAUACUGUAGACUUAAAAUUUACAAGUUUGUAGUUGAUGAAUAUAAAAAUGUGGCUGAUGCAGUGGUAAGUGAUAGAAAUGUUGGUCAUGAUACCUGGUUGUGUUGAAAACUAAAAAUAAAAGCCUGACAUUCUAUUGUUCAAA